AUGGCCACGACAAUCGUGCUCAUCACGGGUGCAAACCGUGGUUUGGGUUUGGGCCUCCUCCAACGUUACCUUGCUUUACCGAACCACACUGUGAUUGCGGCAAAUCGUACCCUUUCGAAUUCCAAAACUCUUGAAAGUUACUCAAAGGGCGAAGGAAGUCGGCUGGUUGUUGUCAAGAUUGAUGCGACCGUGGAGAAAGACGCCCAUGACGCCGUGGCAGAGCUACAGAAAGAUCAUGGCAUUGACCACCUCGACAUUGUCAUCGCUAACGCCGGCGUCUCUUCUGUCUGGCCAAGCGUCGCAGACCUCAAGAUCUCAGAUUUACAGGCCCACAUGGAACCCAACGUCUAUGCUGUCGUGUCACUUUUCCAGGCGACACGCCCGCUACUCAAGAAGUCAUCAAGGGAGCCAAUUUUCACGCUCAUGGGAUCCACUGCCGGCUGCUUGGAAAAUCAGCCGCCCAUCACCAAUGGUGCUUACGGGCCGUCGAAGGCAGCGGCAAAUUGGUUCGGGAUCAGGAUUAAUGCCGAGGAGGACUGGCUGAACGCUUUCGUCCUUUCUCCUGGCUGGGUGCAGACCGAUUUGGGCAACGCCGGCGCGCGUUACUUUGGGCUGAAGGAGGCCUCUAUCGGAGUCGACGAGUCCUGCGACGGCAUGAUGGAGGUUCUAGCGAACACGACAAAGGAGAAGCAUGGAGGCAAAAUGGUGGUUUACAACGGAGAGACUUCUGGCUACUGA